UAUUUCCUGUAUAUAUUUUGAAUAAAGUCAAACCCUCUCUGCAGUUGAUGGAAAUACUUGUAUAAACAGUGUGAAGUUGUUUAUUCUAAUCUUGGCAGUUGUCAUAAAGCUGUGCAACAAUGUUUACACAUACUUCUGUCUCCAUGGUUGCUCUAAUUCCAGGCCGUCAUGAUUCCCUCUUCAUCAGUGAGGAAACCCAGAUACGUCAGAAGAGAGCGCCCGUCUGCCUCGUCAAAAGUUAACAGUGCCACCGUGCCGACGACGUCCGCUACUCAAGUGUUGAAUGUCUGAGAGGAAGAGAAGGAAGAGAGAGGAAGAACGCUCAGGAAGGAAGGUAGAAAGACGGGAAGGCGGAGCGACCUUUGACCUGUACAUACUACUGGUAUUUUUAUAAACAGAUAUUAUAACUAAAAUGUUAGAAGUAGAUUCUAUAUAUUGUCAGAAGAAGUAGGACAUCGCUGGUCGGUUUUUAUUUCCCAGUUCGUCACUGUUGCCAUGACAUUUAGAGUGAACUCUCAGGAUCAUCUCUCAGAUUUUAGGUCUUAACACUGAAACAUUGACCAGAGCCAAGUUGAGCAAAGUCGCCUCAGAUUUAAGGCCAAGUACAAUUUGCCUGGAAUUGUUUGUUGUUGUUUUUUUUAUUACAGAUUUUACAAGAUAGUAGGAUUUUUUUUUUUUUUUUUACAUUGGUGAUAUUUAUUUGCAAUUUCUUAAUUGUGCACUGAAUAAGUUACGUCUUGUUUGUUUGUUUCUCCGGACUGGGUUAUUGUAGGAAGCGUAGCUUUAGCUUUUCCCUCUUCCCUCCAUGAUUUGAGUAUUGAUUUUGUGUUUUUCAAUUACUGAAUCUGUUGUUGGGUGUUUUUUUUUUUUAUGACGUUAUUUUCCAUCUGUGUAACCAUAAUCUUUUAUUACAGAUUUAAGAUUAUUCCGUGCCAUUAAAACAACACACAAUAUGUUUUGUCUACGAUGUAACAUUGUGUCAUUGUGUACAAUUUGCACUUUUACCCGGGGUCGUUAGCGGAUGUUGGACCUUCAACCUCUGAGGUUGUGAUGAUUUGUUUGUAUAUUUGCCAACAUUUUUGUCGCUUUGUGAAUCUAACUUGACUACUGUUUGUUAUGGCAGCCAAACGUCCUUUGAUCUGAAACGGCUCGUGCCACGUGUGCCAUGACUCGUACCUAUAUCUAUAUAUGUUUAUACAUAUACAGUGCCAUUCUGAGCUUUAAAUUCAGCCAGGGACAUUUUUCCGGUAAUGAACGAAUGAAUAUCUGUGGCCUUUUAUGUGCACAACUGAAAACAUAGACGUCAUUGUAUCACUGACUGUGUAGUAUUUUAAUGUAUGUUCAUAUCUUGACACCACGAGGCAGGGAAAUAUAUAUUUACAUACAUAUAUAUAUACACACACCAUCAGUGACACGUGCCAGAUACAGAGCAGUGAGUUUUUUCAGUUUAUGAAUUAAAGCCUUUUGUUCUCGCUGCUGAAUGUUCCUGAACUAAAGUGGAUCAUGUACAUAUUAUUUUAUACAGACGACGCAUUGUUUUGGUUUUGUUUUUUUUACGUCAUGUAGAGAUUGUUGUACGAUUGUUGACAUUAAGAAUGUACUAAAGAUGUUAUCAUGGUUGUUUGCAGAAAUAAAGCACUUUUAUUGUAUUUAAAACACCGCCUGUCAUAUCAUACCUUCACUUUAACAAAAUAAUAUAAAAAAUAACUAAACGUAAAACAGUAUUGAGCCCCUAAAGGAGCAGGGGGGUUGCAUGGUAUCAACAGUUUAUAUUUGUCCACAUUUGUUUUUUACUUGUAAAUUAUUUAAUACUUUUGAAAAGUUUGAAUGGUAAUUAUUACUGCCUGAACAGUACAUUGAUUUUUUUUUUACUGUAUUUUUGAUGAAUGAAAACUCUCCUUGUGAAUUCUGUGAGUGAAAUGCCAAACUGUUGCUGAAGGACGUUUGCACAGGCAGCGACAUGUGACCGGUCAUUCAGUCCCGCUCUAUUUAUAACAGCUGAGUGCAGCGCUGCCGUCCAACACAUGGGACACAAGGACAGAAAGACAGGCAGCCGUCAGAGCUGACAUGUUGCUGCAGGGACAAAGUCAUGGAACCGUCAACCUGGACGUCCUGUCCCCGUCUGCCAGACUGAGACGCUUGUGAAACGUCAACAUGGAUGACCUGGACCACAGCAUGCACAUCGCAGAGUUUGACUGGAGCAGCUUCUGUGACGACAGUGAGGAGUGCUGUCUGCUGCAGCCUUCGCUGGCCCGUCCAGACAACCUCAGUGAUACGGACGAUCCAGAAAACUCCGCCUCAGGCGUUAGAGCAGACCAGCAGGAGAGUUGUGUGGAGCGGUCAGAGGAGCUGACGGACACCGCUGCACACGUCCAGGAGGAGACUCAUGACGACAUCCCAACCUCAACGCUGGAGGAUCCUUCCCAGGAGAGUCCAGGAGAUUCCCAAACUCCCGUCAAAGAGGAUGAACGCGUGCAAACACAAAGUGAUGAGAACUCCAGAGAGCAGCCAGAUGUACUGAGUGUCCAUGAGACACUGGCUGCAGACAGGCAGGCUGUGGGUGAGGACGGAGGAACAGCAGAGAGGGAGCGCUGGUUCGUGACAGUCAAUUACUCUCCAGCACGACCUCGCCCUCGUGGCCUUUCGGUUAAAAAAAAACGAAGACAAAAAAACUCUUCUAAAAGCAGACGCGCCACGAGCUGCAGACCAGACAGGUGUGACAAGGAGGAAUCAGGUGAAGGACGGAACAGAGAGGAGGAGGAGAGGAGGGGGUGUCAAGGUGCUGAGAGCGGCUCAGAUCUGUCAGAAAAGGAGGCAGUGAGAGCAGGAGACCAACCCCCAGGGGGCAGCCUGGCACCCGUCGGAUCGUAUGAGACAUUUACAGCCGAAGCCUGCUCACAGGAGGGGAGAACGGGGGAGUCACAGGAGGUCUCCUCCAGUCACACCUGUGACUCAGACUGCUAUUUUUCUGCUGCUGAAUCAGUGGGCGACACGGAGCAUCGUCACGAAGAAUAUCCUCAACUUUUGGAAUCCACAAAUCCUCCGCGCCGAGCGUCUGUGUUAACGCAGGAUGUUAAACCACAGCAUGGCAGGUACGAGGGCACGAACGUCGGCCUCGCCGUGACUGCUCCAUCUGCUGAUCAUAAAGUCCAUGAAAUCCCAGAGGACUUCUCAACGAGCGACACCAACACGAGCGGCGCAGAGCUUCACGGGUGUUCAGAAAAAAAUAUUCCAACAUCUGUGAGAGAUGAGCUCCGUCCUGGUACCGAUUUAACUGGGACACCGUGUUCUACGGCAGACGACCCAGGAGCGCAUGCUCAAGCUGCGGGGCAGAGUCGACAGGUGUUCGCAAUUUCUGCCUUUUGGGACGAAAUGGAAAAACUGACCAUAAACGACAUUUUACACCUGAGGAUGAGUCAGGAUCUGCCUGAGAGCGAGGCACGACAAUCACAGGCCGCAAAUGUCGACGCCUCCGUGACCAAGGGCAGCUGUCUGGCCCACAGUGGGCAGUGUUCCACGCCUGACGUGGGUCUCACGGACCUGUCAGACACGACCGACUCAGACUACUUCACACAGGCUGAAGAAUCGAAGCCCGAUCGCUCCAGCUGUGAGGUCUCCACCUCGGACUUUGAGGACGAGGGCUGGCAGUUCAUUCAGGAAAGAACACGUGACUUUCCGUGUUCAUCGUCCAAGGAGGAGAACGUGGGUGAGGAGGAUGAGGAGUCGUUGAGCUCUGAAGAGAGGGGGACACCUGUAGCGUCCUUUGAGGACUUUUCAGGACUGGGUUUUGAGGAUUGGGAGUCUCACACUUUGAGGCCUGGACUGAUGAGAAAAAGCAAAACGAUGUCUGACGUACGAACGCUCGACCAAAGGAACUUCAGUGAUCCUUUCAGUGACAACAGACUGUUUUUCAGUCGGUGUCAGUCUGUGGAGGAAACUCUGGUCCUGGAGGUCAGCGACAGUCUGGACACACUCACGUCAGCAUCCAACUACGACACAGAUGUCCUGGGUGAACAACAGCCAGAGCUUUGGGACAACUUCUCCUUGGAUGAUAAAUCCAAACUGCAGUCCUGGUGUCUGGAUGGUUUCGGUCCUGGAGAUCUCUCCGUGGUCCCCGUGUUUGACCACACUCUGAGGGAUCAGGUUUCAGUCUCGGUUCUCCUGGACUCCCUGUGGAACGCAGACCAACCCGUCCCCAUCUUCUCCUGCCCUCAGUACGUCAGAGGAAUCACAGUUCCCAAAAUGUUCCCAAAACUGAAGGACGACUUCUCUCCAAUCAGAGUCGUGUCCGGAUCGCUGACAGGAGCCAGAGGUUGGACAAACAGCUGGAGAACUCCACUGUCCGCGAACAGGUUUGACAUGUCUGACGUUCUGACGGAGGGACACGUCCCCGCUGCUUCUCCUCUAGUGUUCAGAGAGCCGACGGCACAGCGCCACAUAGUGGAACUUAAAGAGACAGCAGUCUUUCUCAGAGGACACCAAGGCGUCUUCUCUGCGCUGCAGCAGUCGGACAUGUGCCUGCUCUGCAUCGCCUUCGCCUCCUGGGUGCUGACGUCCUCUGACCCAGAGAACGCAGACACGUGGAAAGCAGCUCUGCUGGCAAACGUGAGCGCCCUGUCGGCAAUCCAGUACCUGAGGCACUACGUGAAGAAGAGGAGACCUUCACGAGAAGACCCCCGAUGAACACCGGUCACAGCAGACAGUCAUUCCCAAAAACCACUGAACCAGGGUCCAGCCGUACAAACACCUGAACUGUGUGUGUUUUCAUUCACUUCCUGUAGUUCCUCAAUAAUUCAACUAGUUUUAAGGCUCACAUCAUUUGGGUUUUCAUUAUCGGAGGAAAAACCGAGAACAUUUCUUUACAGAUGUUACAUAAGUCUGUUACUAUCAGCGCUACUUCAAAAUAAAAGACCUCUUAUUAUGGACGUGAUACUGAACCAUUUAUGCUGCUGUGAUUCCCACAUGUAUCUGUAUCAUAUAUAUAUAUAUAUAUAAUUUUAUUUUCACUCAUUUUUACUUUAUAUAAUGUGGUUUGUGAACACUGCUGUAAUUGAACUCUGAACUGAUGAAUGUAGGAAAAUAGGUAGAAAAUCGUAUACGAGUAAAGUCAUGGUGUUUGUGUUGGAUUUGUGUUUUAGGAAACAGAUCAAAUGGAGUGUGAACUGUGACUCAGUUUAACUUUUAACCGUUCGUGUUAAUGAAUAAAUGAAAAUUGUAUUUUUGAAAAGAACAUGAUGUUCGUUUUUGUUUUUUAAAUUACAAACCAACACAAAUUAAUUGGUAACAGUUGUGUUCAACUGACGGCCUCAGGGCAGGGGGUCAAACUCAGGGGCCACAUACCACCAGUUAGAUGUCCAGUGGGCCGAACCAGUACAAUGAAGUAUAAAUGUAAUUAAAAAAAAAAAAUUACAUGAACAAAAAAGUUUUUUUUCAAAAUUCAUCUAGUGGGCCGGAUUGAAACCCCAAGCGGGACGGUUUUGGCCCGCGGACCUUAUGUUUGACACCCUUGCCUCAGGUAGUCACUUAAACAAUUUUUUUUCUUGUCUAAUAAUUCAAAUUAAUUAAGUAAUCUAAUUAAUGUAAUAGUCUAAUUUUAACAACUCAAAACAGACAAAAUUUCACAUAUACUGUAUGAUGAUUUGUUUGUUGUGUUAAAAUAAUUAAACUGUUAAAAUAAUU